AUGGCUGAUUGCUGCCACAACCCCACGGGGUGUAAUCCGGACUCUGAGCAGAUUGAGUUACACCCGUUUCAAGAGAUGCCAGUCAUUGAUGUAUCUAUGAAAAACACGACAAGUAGAGUUAAAUCUCUGCUGAAGCAAGAUAGCAACCUUGACAAUUCCACAAGACUCGAUCAUGACGUUAUUCCAGAAAUCCCCUCAGAGGCUAUUAUUCAUCAACGACUAGAAAAACAUCACUCUGGCACAUUAGCCCGACUCGGCCUACAAGCGCUCACUUCUUUCUCUGGUGCACCCGUAGCCUUUGGGGGGGUGUGGACUAACUUAGCUGGAACAGCAAUCAUCGGCUUUUUGAUUCAAGACUCCAAGAUUUUUAAGCGUGGAUUGGAGUUCCCAGUGAACAGUGUAAAUGGGAGAGAACCGCAAAGAACGGGGAGAGAAGAGGCCGACGCCCAGAGUCAUGGCUUAGACACAGCUACUGCCAAAGAAGUCCAUCUUGCUAUGAAGAAAAGAAUCCCGCUUUACAUCGGACUUACAACGGGAUUUUGUGGAUGUUGCACCUCUUUCUCAUCCUUUUUACGUGAUGCAUUUCUUGGGCUUACAAACAAUUUACAUCCAUCUGGUAGUGCAAUUAUUGGUGUAUCGCCUACUCUGAUGGAUUCUCACGAGAUUGGUCACUCUGUAAUGGCACUUCUUGCUGUGAUAAUUGUAACCAUAUCAAUUUCUAUAUGCGCACUCUAUGUUGGCGAGCACAUGGCCGACUUGCUUGAGCCAUAUAUGCCCAGUGCAUCAUAUAAGUUUAUGACUCGAUUUUUCGACCCUUGUGUCGCCGUGAUAGCGUGGGUAAUAUGGUUAAGUCUGAUUAUUCUUGUAAUCUCUCAUCCGAAUCGUGUUGACAAAGAGAUGAACGAAGGGCUCGAAGCGCUUAGUUUCUCGCUCGUUUUUGCGCCACUCGGAUGUUUGACUCGCCACUAUACCUCUCUUCAUCUCAAUAAUCGGCUUGCAAACUUUCCCCUCGCUACAUUUCUCGUCAACAUCAUUGGUACUACUAUUCUCGCCGUGGCUUAUGAUCUUCAACACCUAGCAAUUUUUGAUACCUUUCAAAAUCGGAUUCUUCAAGGGGUGCAAGAUGGUUUUUGUGGGUGCCUAACAACUGUCAGCACAUGGGUUGCAGAGUUGACAAAUUUGCCUCGAAAGUCUGCGUAUUUAUAUGGGCUAGCUAGUCUAGUUAUCGCCCUUUGUUUUACUAUUACUAUUAUCGGUACACUGGUUUGGACUCGAGGGGUUUCAGGUUAA